CCCCUUUCCUUCUCGCUCUCGUUUCCCUCUGCUAGAGCUGCUGCUCGCCUCGUCUCAGGCCGGUGCCUACUGCUUUCCCUACGCGACCCGGGGUCGUUUCUCUUCACGUUCGAGCUUGUCUCGCUUUGCAUUCACUCCUUCAUUCGACCGGUCCUCGCUUUUCACUCACGGGUAAUCAGUAAUCAUGUUCUCCAAGAAGGCUCUCCUCUUUGCGCUCCUUUCCCUCUCCGUCUCCGUUCAAGCCGCAGCCGCGGCGAAGAACAAGAGCGUUGAGACGUGCCAGGCUGGUACCGCUAAGACAGUUACCGUCACUGCGACUGUCGCCGCUGCCGCUUCGACAAGUACCGCUGUCCUCGCUGCCAACCCCAACAAGGGCGGCAAGGGUACCACCGGCAAGACUGGCACUGCCGCUGGCAACAACGCGGGUGCAGGCAAGACUGGUGCCGCCGCUGGUAACAACGCUGGUGCAGGAAAGGCUGGCACUGGCAAGACCGCGACCACCUCCACUGCCAAGGCUGCUACCAGCACGGGAACCGCCGCCGGUAACAACGCCGGUGCAGGCAAGGCUGCCGGCAACGGCAACACUGGCUCAACCGCGGCGGCAGGCGGCGACGCCCAGACGUCAUUGACGCUCGUGCAGUCGGUCAUCGCGACCGGCUUCGCGAACGACGGCCAGGACGUGCCCGCGGCCGGCCAGGUCGCGUCCGCGACGUCGACGAACAACUUCAUCAACUUCUGCGCGACGGUGCCGAACCUGCCGAUCACGAACGGCAAGCAGGUCACGACCGGGUCGUGCAACCCCGCGCCGAUGGGCAUCAUCGCGUCGACGGCGAACAUGCCGUCGGCCAAGUUCGUGAACCCGAAGAACGGCGCGACGAUCGCGGCGAACACGAACUUCACGGUGCAGAUGGCGAUCAGCCACCUCGAGACGGGCCACUUCACGAACGCGCAGGAGAACUACUUCGCGGCGCCGCAGGUGAUCAACGGCGCGGGCGACGUGCAGGGGCACUCGCACGUCGUCAUCGAGCAGCUCACGUCGCUCGACCAGACGACGGUCACGGACCCGAGCAAGUUCGCGUUCUUCAAGGGCCUCAACGACCCCGCGAAGAACGGCGUGCUCUCCGUCGAGGUCGCCGGCGGCCUCCCCGCUGGCUUCUACCGCAUCGCGUCCAUCAACUCCGCCGCGAACCACCAGCCGGUCCUCGUCGCCAUCGCGCAGCACGGCUCGCUCGACGACAUGGCCUACUUCACCGUCUCUGCUGGAGGUGCUGCUGCUGGUGGCAAGGCUGCGGGCAACGCGGGUAACGCCGCCGCCGCCGGUGGUGCCGCGACCGGCAAGGCUGCCGCGUCGACGACCGCGAAGGCCGCUGCUACUGGCAAGGCCACGACGGGCACGGGCAAGGGCGCUGCAGCAGGCAAGGGCGCCGCGGCGGGUGGCCGUGGCGGCCGCUUCUCCGCGAAGGGCCAGGGCAAGAACCGCCGCAGCUUCUAAGCAGCGCGCUCUUCCGCCCCCUCCUCUACGCCCCUUCGUUCUCCCGCACCCCCGCCUUGUUCGCUGCCCUAACUUAUCCCGCGCCGGGUACCCGCGUCUGCCCCUACUCCCCACGGACCGUUAGCCCUCCACUGUCAUGAUUAUUCCCCUCUUACCCGUUACCCACUCUCCGGACCCCCGUCGAUGUGUCUGCUCUGCGCUCUCGCCUCGUCCCUUUUCAUUUUUUUUGCAUUGUCUUUUCUCCUGCACACGCCCUCAUUUGCACUCGACACGUCGCUUGACGCGGGGUGAGGUCCCCGUUCACUGUAGCAGAGCCCCCAAUAAAACAGAGCUUGAUGGAAA